AUACUUUCUUACUUUUCAAUUUUCUAAGGCCCUCUAUGUUUUUUUAUAAUGUGCAUUAAAUUAGCCAACAUGGAUAUGAGGUUGCAAGUUUAUUUCAUGCCAUGAGAAGUUGUAGAAUAGAUGUGUACCUCAUCAAGAAAAAGCUUGACGAUUUUGGUGUUGAUAAUGGAUGCACAAAUUGCAGCUCUACAAAGUGCUUAGAGAGUUGUAUCUGCAGUCCAUAAGCUGCUCAAAGGCUUGUCACUGCUCGGGCAAGUGCUCAAAUAGGCCGUUUCGAGAAGAGAAAAAGAUAAAACUAGUCAAGACCAAACUCUGUGGUUGGGGUGUUGAAGCAGCUGAAGCCAUCAAGAAAGAGGAUUUCAUUAUAGAGUAUAUUGGAGAAGUUAUUGAUGAUGCCACGUGUGAAAAGAGGCUUUGGCAAAUGAAAUACAGGAGAGAGAAAAACUUUUACAUGUGUGAAAUACGAAAAGAUUUCACCAUUGAUGCAACUUUUAAGGGGAACUUUUCACGCUUUCUGAAUCACAGCUGUGAACCCAACUGCAAACUAGAGAAAUGGCAAGUUGAACGCGAGACUCGUGUUGGUGUAUUUGCUAAUCGGGACAUUGAAGUGGGUGAGCCAUUGACUUAUGAUUACAGAUUUGUACAAUUCGGGCCCGAAGAGAAGUGCUAUUGUGGAGCUCCUAAUUGUCAGGGUUUUCUAGGCUCCAAAAAGAAGACAAAUAGCAGGCUCAACUUCUGCUGGGGUUCUAAGCGGAAAAGAACCACUACUUCUUGUGUGGCUACGGUUCAUGUGAAUCUGCACUGAGAGCCAUUUGUGUGUGCGUGUAUAGAUAAUUCUCUGGUUUCGUAUUUUGGUUUCUUGACCAAGCAAAAUGGAGGAUAAGUAAAGGGAAAAUGAGAUGAAAACCAUCUUUCUUUUCAAGUGCUGUAUCAUGGUGCAUUUUUCCACCCUUUUUAGAAGAAACACAGAAAAAAAAAGAAGAGGGACACUGGACAUUGCAGUUUUGUCUUUGAAAGUUUAGUAAGGCUUCAUCCUAAAAGGGUGUUUGGAGUUGUGUUUGAGAACAACAUUUGAGCUUAUAUUUCACCAAAAUACAAUUUUCAUUGUUUG